CCAAAGGAAGGAGGAGCGUUUCGUGCGGCGCCGGAGGUUCUGCUGCAGCUGGACGCGAGUAGAAGCUGUUGUGGGCCUUGCGGUCGGAGGGUGCGGGGCCAUGUUCUGUGAGAAAGCCAUUGAGCUCAUCCGCGAGCUUCACCGUGCACCCGACGGGCAGCUCCCAGCCUUCAAUGAUGAUGGAAUCAGGCAAGUUCUAGAAGAAAUGAAAGCUUUAUAUGAACAGAACCAGUCUGAUGUAAAUGAGACUAAAUCAGAUGGACGAAGUGAUUUGAUUCCAACAAUCAAAUUUCGACAUAGUUCUUUGCUGAGAAAUCGACGUUGCAUAGUUGCGUAUUUAUAUGAUCGAUUGCUUCGGAUUAGAGCUCUCAGGUGGGAAUAUGGCAGUGUCAUACCAAAUGCACUGAGAUUCCACAUGUCAGCUGAAGAAGUAGAAUGGUUCAAUCACUAUAAAAAGUCCCUUGCUACAUACAUGAGAUGUUUGGGUGGAGAUGAAGGAUUAGAUAUUACACAAGAUAUGAAACCUCCUAAGAGCCUUUACAUUGAGGUGCGGUGUCUAAAAGACUAUGGAGAGUUCGAAGUUGAUGAUGGGACUUCAGUUUUAUUGAAAAAAAACAGCCAGCAUUUCUUGCCUCGAUGGAAGUGUGAACAAUUAAUCAGACAAGGAGUCUUGGAACAUGUUCUGUCAUAACAGUAUCCUAAAAAUAUUGGGAAAACUUUUUAAGUAUCUCUGCCCUUCUCCCCUUCAUUGUGAUCCAAAAAAUUAUGGAUGAACCCUUUUUUUAAAAAAUAUAAUUUUCUUGUGUAUUUUUGAUUCCUGAUAUUCAGAAAAAUAUUAGAUUUUGUUUUUCUUAACAAUAAAUAGUGACCUGGGAA